UUAAACAUACCACGACGGACGUCCAGCUGACCCAGGUCCCAAGGGAACAACACCCUACCGUCCGAUGCCCUGCCCCGCCCUCCCGCUCUCUCUCCCGGCGCAAGUGUCUCCCUGUCAGCACGGAGAGAGAGGGGGGGUACGGAAAGGUUAAAGGCGAUCGAAUCGGAGAUGGGGCUUUAGAUGUUCUCCCACCUUUUGCUCCCUACUCCUUUUCGCAGCCGCGCGAGAUCUCAUGCGUCUGUUUGCUGCGCCCUUCCACCUCAAAAGACCCAAUCUAGCUGCCAUUUCUAGUCCCAUUGUUUCAUCUGAUCGGUAUUUUAGUCGCUCCAUUUUUUUUAGAUUAUUCUGUUUUUUUCUCUGAAGAAAUUUGGGUGUGGUGGUGGCGAUGUCGUCUGUUGGCGCCAGCGGCGACGGCGGAGGAACGAUGACGUGGCAGGAGGAGCUGGCUAGCUUGGUGGAGGACAGCGGGAUCCAGUAUUCCGACGGCGUGGAAGUGACUGCGGCGCUGGCGGAGGGGGUGGCUGGGGAUCUGAGAGGAAGGGUUGUAGGAGAAAGGUACUCCGGCUACGAGGACAUGGCGUCGCCGGUGGAGGAGAGCUUAAGGGAUCAGGUGAAGGGGUUCUUGGUGGCGACUGGGGAGAUGCUUCAGGAGCUGGGGCGUGGGUGUCGGGAUAUGGUGCAGCAGAGCCGGGUGGGGGCGGAGGACAUGUACGUCGUCAAGAAGCUCCGGGGGCCCCUGGCCGUGGUAUCGAGCCGGCUCGGUUUCUUGAACGAGUGCCUGCCGGAGGAUCGUGAUCCAAUGCUUGCUUGGCCGGUCGUCAUCUGUGUUUUCCUUCUCGCGCUUACAGCAUUGGAUGUAAAUGGCGGAAAUGAAACUUCAAUGCAACCACAAAAGGAACUGUAUAUAAGUUAUCCCAAUGCAAGUCGUAUCCAACUUCCAGAUGGAAGAAAUAUGGCAUACCUGGAACAAGGAGUUUCAGCUGAAAGAGCUAGAUUUUCUUUGAUUGCUCCACAUCCUCUUCUUUCUUCUAGAUUGUCAGGACUACCUGGUGUUAAAGAAUCACUCUUGGAGGAAUUUGGACUCCAAUUGGUUACAUAUGACCUCCCAGGUUUUGGUGAAAGCGAUCCUCAUCCCAACAGAAAUCUUAACUCAUCAGCUCUGGAUGUGCUUCAUUUAGCAAAUGCUGUGGGAAUUAUAGACAAAUUCUGGGUGAUGGGUUACUCAGCUGGAAGCAUGCAUGCAUGGGCAGCUGUUCACUAUAUUCCUGAUAGACUUGCAGGUGUAGCUAUGUUUGCUCCAAUAGUUAAUCCAUAUGACUCCAGCAUGACCAAGGAGGAAAGAAAAAGAACCUGGGAAAAGUGGACAAUGAAAAGGAAACUAAUGUAUGUUUUAGCUCGGAGAUUUCCUUCUCUUCUUCCAUAUUUUUAUCGCCGAAGCUUUCUAUCAGGAAAACAAGGGAAGCUUGAAAAGUGGUUGUCAUUGUCAUUGGGGAAGAAGGAUAAAUCUUUAUUGGAAGAGACAAAUUUUAAUGAAUUCUGGGAAAAGGAUGUAGUAGAAUCAGUUCGCCAGGGGUACACUGAGCCAUUUGUGGAGGAAGCUGUGCUACAAGUAUCGGAUUGGGGUUUCAAUGUGGCUGAUCUUCAGGUGCAGAAGCAGCAUGAGGGUAAAGGCCUUCUUCUAUGGCUCAAGUCCUUGUACAGUUCGGCGGAACGUGAAUGGGCAGGCUUUCUUGGUCCGAUACACAUCUGGCAGGGUAUGGAAGACCGAGUGGUGCCACCUCCGAUGACUGAAUUUGUGCGACGAGUAGUUCCAGGAGCCAUUGUGCAUAGAUUGAUAGGUGAGGGCCACUUGUCGUACUUCUGUUUCUGUGACGAGUGUCAUAGACAGAUAUUUUCUACCCUUUUUGGCAUUCCUCAAGGCCCUCUCAGCAGCUCUUUAGAGGAGGAUCAAUCAUCACCUGAAGAACUCUGUGAAGCAGCAGCAUUGAAUAACUGUACUGAGUAAGAAUGAAAAAUCCUAGUUUCUUUUUGUUAGUUCAAUUCAGCUUGUGGAGGCAGUGGUCUGAGUACCAUAGAACAUUUCUUCUUUCUAAUUUUCAAAGCAAGAUAGGCUUACUUUCUGAUUGUCGCAAAA